AUGCACAGAGUCGGACGAUGGUUCGAUCGCGGCCGUAGCGGGCUCAAUGCUUCAACACACAGCCUCGACUCGCUAGAGGAGUCUCAAAACCUAGAGACGGCCAUGCGAGCCGUAGACCGAGUCAUGGACGACGACAUCAAGGGCGCUGAAGCAGGCCUCGCCGACGGCAACUCUUCGUUCCACAAACUUGCCAAAGGCACACUGGCCUUUAUGAAGGCUGCCUUGGGCUUCGAGCAAGAAUUCAUGAAGGAAGCCUCGGAAACCCUCUAUGAGGCCGAAUCCAGUGCUUCAACCAGCCACACAAGGGCCCAGCACGACUCGCGUGCUUUCCAAUCCACCAUCUAUGAGAGAGGCUCAGAGUUUGCAUUGUGCCAGGCAGAAGCCCAGAUCAUGUCUGCUGUGGUUGGUGUGCUCAAUGAAAGUCUGACCGAGUCUCUGCGAGGGUUCUAUAAACUCCGCAAAGCAUAUAUUACCCUUGACAGCCUUGUGCAAAUGGAAAUCAACUUCAACCGCAAUCGGUCGAAGAGCAAUCUGGCAGUCUCAAGAGACCAGUCGACCGAAAGUUUGCCCUCGUCCAUCUCUGGGAAGUCGGCCCCAUUGACCUCAGAACCCCAUCCUCAUCACCAAGUCCAACCUGCUCAACCAUCUGCUCUGAGGAAUGCUGAACCCGUUGAUGCGACGCCAGACAGUGAUUCCGAUGACGAAUUCCACGAAGCAGAUGAGACCAACGCAGUCACAGACAAGUACAUCGGCAACAUGGAGGUAGACGUGGAAUCGGACCACGCCACGGAACUGGAACUGGAAAUAGAGAAAAUAAAUGAACACCUUCCAGAAGAAGCCUUGAGCCGAUCGACAACAGUGACCCUAGGCUUGCUCACAGAAGGACCUGAGUCAGACGUAUUCAGCAACUCCCUAGACGUCUUCAUCCACUCGGGCACCAACCUCAUGUCAGGCUUAUUGGCGCUUCUCAUCUCCAUCAUACCGCCAGCGUUCAGCAAACUCCUCUAUAUCGUCGGAUUCCGCGGGGAUCGAGAACGAGGCAUCCGAAUGCUGUGGCAGGCUAGUAAAUUUCCAAACAUAAAUGGCGGGAUGGCGAGUUUAAUUUUGUUCGGUUGGUACAACGGGCUGGUUGGCUUUUGCGAUAUCGUUGCGGACGCGGAUCCCUCCAAACCAGACGACGUCGAGGCAUACCCCACAAAACGCCUCGAGACACUCCUGGUCGAGAUGCGGAAAAGGUAUCCCAACAGCAAACUCUGGGUCGUGGAGGAAGCAAGAACAGAGGCCUCGAAACGAAACCUCGAUCAAGCCUUGGCCAUUCUCGCGAACCCCGGCAAGAGUCAACUGAAGCAGAUCGAAGCGCUGCACAUGUUUGAAAAGAGUUUGAGCGCCAUGCAUGCCCACAGAUACCAAUUGUGUGCGGACUCUAUAUUGGCGUGCGUGGACCUCAACGCGUGGUCUCGCGCUUUGUAUUACUACAUUGCCGGGGCCGCCCACCUUUGCUUCUACCGCCAUGACAAAACCCUGUCCAGCAGUGACAGGGAAAAGCAUGCAAAGCUCGCCGAAGAAAUGUUUAAAACAGCUCCAACUAAGGUCGGGAAGAAAAAGAUGAUGGGUAGGCAGCUGCCAUUCGACAUCUUCGUGGUACGGAAGAUCACGAAAUGGGAGGAGCGAGCAUCUCGGUGGAGUUGCGAUUUCGUCGACGCUAUUGGGGUCAGUCCACUCGAUGAGAUGAUCUUCCUGUGGAAUGGUUUCAAGAAAAUGGACGAGCGGCUGCUGCAGAAGUCCUUGGACAAUCUUGAAUGGUCUGAAAGCACACCCAACUGGAGCAAGGAAGAUGUCGACGAGUACGCGAUCCUCGACAUCCUAAGGGCUGUCAUCUUCAGAAAUCUCCGCCGGCAUGAAGAAUCAAAGAGCUUGUUGAAAAGAAAAUUGUUGACUCAAGGUGCUCAUGAGUUCAGGGGUUCGAAUAAAGACGACUGGAUGGCUCCAACGGCACAUCAUGAGAUGGCAGUUAAUCUGUGGAUGCAGAGGACAGCGUACACUCAGCAACAUGGAGCCACAUUCAUUCGAGAUCCCAAGGAGGAGACACCUCCGGUUGAUCUUACUCAUGAUGCAAAACUGAUUCAAGAAGCAAAACACCACCUAGAAAAGGCGAGAGGAUGGGAGAAGUACGAGCUCGACGCCCGACUUGGUCUGAAAAUCACGGCUGCUCUCAAUGCUGUGAAGAAAUGGGAACAAAAACACCCUCAUGUAUUGCGAUAG